CUACAGAUGUGUGUCUGAAGAUGGAAUCAAAGCAGGUGCCCCAAAACCAUCCCCAUGGGGUUGGUGUAUUUGUGUCACACACCCCUAGCAAACCUGCAGAACAGAAGUUACCCCCACUGCAAAGUCAAAGGAGCAAACUUCCCCCUGUCAGAAAGUACCCUGUGAUUGAGCAGAAAGGGUACUACUCCGAGCUCAUCACUACAGCAGCAAAACCCCACCUACAGUCCUGUACAGAUGGGCCAGAAACCCAACAGAGCUUACUGUGUCAAGCGGGCUAUGAGUCCAAUACUCCUAAAGUAACCACAUUCCGGACUCCAUCUGACCUGCACAGUCUGGUUGAGAGGGACAAGCAUGGACCCACCACCCAGCACCAGCAGCACACGGACUUCUCCACUGGAGGUUACACAGCCAAAGUCCAGCUGCCCUACCACAGCCUGCCUGGACAGCACCCCCGCAAGAUAGAGAUAGAGAGGCGCAGACGGGAGUACCUGAAGCUGGAUAUUGCCCAGCUCCUGACAGAGCAAGGCAUAGACUCCAACCUCCUGAUGCCUCGACACCAUAGCAUUGAAGAACAUGUGACCACACCAGAGAAUCCACUCCCACCUGUCUCAAACUACCUACCUCUGGAGGUGUUUGACAAUGAGGAGUUUGACUGUCGCACUCCUCAAGACUGGCUUGCCCUGGGCUAUGAAAACGGAUCAACUGAUCACAAACCCAUACCUGCCAAAGCUCUGCUGCCCACCACUGACAAUAUACCACCAGAGGACCCCAAAAGCCCCAACCUGGAGUACAGCUGGCAGUUUGUUGGGGUUCUUGACUACAGCCAGGAGAAAGGGCUUUAUCUGGUCCAGAAGGCCGACAAGAAUGGCAGAGUGAGGGAUGCCAAUGGAAAACCAGUCCUAAAUGAAGGACAGAGAACAAUAGGUAUGUUUCUGCUGUCAGCCACUCAGUACUGGAUUUCCAGGAUCAGGCUGCUGUUCAGUGCAGAGGACCCUCGUCUGUUUUCCCAGCGGGUGCAGUUUGCCCAGCGCUGCAGAGAGAACACAGAGGCCCUGCUGCUCUACCACCUGUCUGUAGACUGUAUGCCAGUGUGGAGUGGCACCUCGUCUCUCAAUGCACAAAGUCUUGCCCGUGUCAAAGAGCAUGCCCUCUCUACACCUGGCCUUCGACGUGGUGGCAGGCUGCAGGAGUGUAUUGUACGUCUGGAGAAGGAGAUCAAUCUAGAGUAUGACCGCACCAUGAACCGGAUCAGCUUUGACAGGGUAGUGCUCACCAACCCUGAGGAUUUCUCCCACAUCACCCUGCCCCAGAGAGAGCCAGAACGUGUGCCCCAGAAUGGCUUUGUGUCUGUCCCUACAUACCCCUUUGAGAAGAACCGUGCUGCGUUUGCCUUCAACUCCCUGCUCACCAAGCCGGAGGUGAUCUCUGCCUUGUCCAAUGUGCGGGGCGAGUGCAACAGGGUGGCUGCUAUGAGUCUGUUCCAUAUCACCUUCACCAAGUCGUUGCGUCUAGAAGAGUUUGAGCUCACCCAGUCUCAGACACAUGCACAGGUGCAGCUGUUCCUGCGGGACUCAUGGGUGACCACCCUGUGCAAGGGCAUCCACACCAGCCUGAGAGAUGUGGGCCCUGGCUGGUUUAGUCUGACGGAGUCCCGCUGGGAGGUAUACAGGAUGUCCAAGCUGUGCAGCCUCAUGGCCCUGGUGCGCUACAGCCUGCAGGACUCACUGCGCUUCCUGGUGCAGGACUCCCUGGUCAGCCUGGCUCAGCUGCUGCUGGAUGCCUGCCACAGUGUUCUCCACUGCCCACAGGACCUGAUCUGGGGCUCCAACCUCAUCAACAGCCCCUACAAGCCGAAGAAGAACCCGCUGUUCUUGGUAGAUCUGGUUCUGGAUGUGACUGGGGUCCACUACAGCACUCCUCUGGAGAAUUUUGAGACUUCCAUCAUUACCCUGUUUGAUAAGGGGAUCCUUUCCACCCACAAUGUGCCUCAGCUGGAUAAGUUUGUGAUGCAGAAGAUGUUCAUCAGUGGCACUCCUCUGUUGGAGUCAGUGGGUCUGUGGGAGCCUGCGGUGGCAGAGCUGAGGGAGAGGGUCCGUGCCGCCUUGCGUCAGGCUGCCAUCCCACUCCGGGCCUACGCCCGCGAGUAUGAGAGAUACCUAGAGCUGCACAACUCAGACAUAGAGACCUUCCUUAAGGCCCACAGCCAGGAGGAGCAGACUCCCCAGGAGGUGAAGAGGGAGGUGGUACAGCACCUAAAGGAGAAGGAGCGUCUAGACCACUCCUUCCCAUCCUCCAUCGUCAUUGGCCCCUUUACCGUCAGUGUGGAGAGUGUCCGCCAGAGCCUGUCCAAGAAACGCAGAGCCCUGGCUAACGCCGUGCUCGACCGGCUUGCCCUCAAGCUCCGCAAGCAAGUGGAGGACGCAUGUGAAGAGUGUAAGGCUGUCAGCAGGAAGCUGCAUGAGAAGCCGAACAGCAUUGAGGAGCUGACCGACCAACGUGAAUGGAUGAAGCAGAUCUCAGAUCAGCUCAAGGCCCAUGAGGAGCUCCUAUCCAAAGCCAUGUCAGACUACGAGUUGAUCGAUGAGUUCUUCUACACCCUGUCAAAUGAGGACUUCAAUGGAAAGUGGACAGCCAUUGGGUGGCCACAUAAGAUUGUGACCCAGAUGGAGAUGGUGUCGUCCCAGCAUGUUGAGGAUGAAGAACGCUUCAACAAGAUCCAGCAGGCUGACCAGAACAACUUCCAGGAGCGCCUGGACUCUCUACAGAUGGUGGUGGCUGGCUUUUCUGGGUACACGGACAUCAGCCGAGCCCACGAGGUAGCCAACGAGGUACGACGUGUGGGCAAGCAGCUAAAGGAGUCCCAGACCAUGGCCCAGACAUACAACAACCGGGACCGUCUGUUUGGCAUCCCUAUCACCAACUACGACCGUCUGCAGAAGCUGAUCAGGGACUUCCAGCCGUUCAGAGACCUGUGGACCACCACGUCAGACUGGCUGCGGUGGCACGAGAGCUGGCACAAUGAUCCCCUUUCCAUCAUUGACCCCGAGCAGCUGGAGCGCAACGUCACAGACGCCUUCAAGACUAUGCACAAGUGUGUCAAAAUGUUCAAGGACAUCCCCGCGUGUCAGGAGGUGGCUGCUGACAUCCGGGGGAAGAUAGAUGACUUCCGUCCCUACAUCCCUCUGAUCCAGGGCCUGAGGAAUCCUGGGAUGAGGGGCAGACACUGGCAGCUGCUGUCAGACCGCAUCCACAUGAAUGUCAAGCCCAAGGCCAACCUCACUUUCUCCCGUUGCCUGGAGCUAGGCCUGCAGGACCAUGUGGAUGAGAUAGCACGGGUGGCCGAGGUGGCAGGGAAGGAGUACGCCAUCGAACAGGCUCUGGAUAAGAUGGAGCAUGAGUGGUCGACGGUGGCCUUCGAGGUGUUGCCCUACAAGGAGACAGGCACUUACAUCCUGAAGAGCCCAGAUGAGGCGUCACAGCUGCUGGAUGACCACAUCGUCAUGACCCAGAGCAUGUCUUUCUCCCCCUACAAGAAACCCUUUGAGGAACGCAUCAGCACGUGGGAGAGCAAGCUCAGGAUGACUCAGGAUGUGCUGGAAGAGUGGCUGACCUGCCAGCGCUCUUGGCUUUACCUGGAGCCUAUCUUCAGCUCUGACGACAUCAACCGCCAGUUGCCUGUAGAGGGAAAGAGGUACCAGACCAUGGAGCGCACCUGGAGGAAAGUGAUGAAGAGCGCCUAUGACAACAAACAGGUAAUUGACCUGUGCCCGGACCCCCGUCUGUUGGACAGUCUGAGGGAUUGUAAUAAGCUGUUGGAGCUGGUGCAGAAGGGUCUGAGCGACUACCUAGAGACCAAGCGUGGCUCCUUCCCCAGGUUCUAUUUCCUGUCUGACGACGAGCUCCUGGAGAUUCUCUCCCAGACCAAGGAUCCCACAGCAGUACAGCCUCAUCUGCGCAAAUGCUUUGAGAAUAUUGCACGGCUUAAGUUCCAGUCAGACCUGCAGAUCACUCAUAUGUACUCUGGGGAGGGGGAGGAGGUCAAGCUCUGCCUGCCAGUGUGGCCCUCUGGGAAUGUGGAGGACUGGCUGAGAGAGGUGGAGAAGUCUAUGAAGGCCUGUCUGAGGGACAACAUUGAACGCUCGCUGAAGGUCUAUCCACAGCAACCACGUACAGAGUGGGUGUUAUCAUGGCCUGGGCAGGUGGUGAUCGCUGGCUGCCAGACCUUCUGGACCACUGAGGUGUCAAAUGCACUGGAGCAGGGAGACCUGACUGACCGACUCUAUCCCCAGCUACAAACACAGCUGGGAGACCUGGUGCAGCUGGUGAGGGGCCGCCUGUCUAAGAUGCAGAGAGCCGUUCUGUCUGCCCUCAUCGUCAUAGAGGUCCAUGCCAAGGACGUGGCAGCCAAGCUGGUAGAGGAGGGCGUCUCCAGCAUCAAUGACUUUGAGUGGAUCAGCCAGCUCAGGUAUUACUGGGCUCGAAAUGACCUGUAUAUCCGGGCGGUGAACGCAGAGUUCCUCUACGGAUAUGAGUACCUGGGCAACUCCGGACGCCUGGUCAUCACCCCACUCACAGACCGAUGCUACCUGACCCUGACAGGGGCACUGCACCUGAAGUUCGGAGGGGCCCCUGCGGGUCCUGCAGGAACAGGGAAGACAGAGACCACUAAAGACUUGGGGAAAGCCCUGGCUAUCCAGACUGUAGUCUUCAACUGCUCGGAUCAGCUGGACUUCAUCGCCAUGGGCAAGUUCCUCAAGGGACUGGCCAGUUCUGGAGCCUGGGCAUGUUUUGAUGAGUUUAACCGCAUUGAUGUGGAGGUGCUGUCAGUGGUGGCCCAACAAAUCGCCACCAUCAAUAAGGCCCAGCAUCAGAGGGCGGAGCGAUUUGUGUUUGAGGGGCAAGAGAUCCCUCUUGUUGCGUCUUGUGCUGUUUUCAUCACCAUGAACCCUGGUUACGCCGGCCGCACUGAACUACCAGAUAACCUAAAGGCUCUGUUCCGUCCUGUUGCUAUGAUGGUCCCUGAUUAUGCUAUGAUCGCUGAGAUCUCUCUCUACUCCUUUGGCUUCAGCGAUGCUAAAGUCCUCUCCAAGAAGAUCACCACCACCUUCAAACUGUCCUCCGAGCAGCUCAGCUCCCAGGAUCACUAUGACUUUGGUAUGAGAGCUGUGAAGACCGUGAUCUCUGCUGCUGGAAACUUGAAGAGGGAGAAUCAAGAUAUGAAUGAGGAACUGAUCUGUCUACGGGCCAUACGAGACGUCAACGUCCCCAAGUUCCUCCAAGAUGACCUCAAGCUUUUCAACGGCAUUGUGUCCGAUCUCUUCCCCAAGAUACGGGAGGAGCCCAUCGACUACGGCACCCUGGAGAAGUCCAUUCGCAAUGUGUGUGCCAAGAAGAACCUCAAGGAUGUGGAUGGAUACAUCACCAAGUGCAUUCAGCUAUAUGAGACUACUGUUGUGAGGCAUGGACUGAUGUUGGUGGGACCGUCCGGCUCCGGAAAAACCAAGUGUUAUGAGAUCCUAGGGAAAGCGAUGACGGCUCUGCAGGGCCAGGUCUCUGUGAGUGGUGGUGUUUAUGAGGCUGUACAGACCUAUGUCCUCAACCCCAAGUCCAUUACCAUGGGACAGCUCUACGGGGAGUUUGACCUGUUGACACAUGAAUGGUCGGAUGGUAUCCUGUCCUCUCUGAUCCGUGGGGGGUCGUCCUCCAUGGACGAGGAGAAGAAGUGGUACAUGUUUGAUGGGCCAGUGGACGCUGUGUGGAUCGAGAACAUGAACACUGUGCUGGAUGACAAUAAAAAACUCUGCCUGAGCUCUGGAGAGAUCAUCAAGCUCACAGACGUGCAGACGAUGAUGUUUGAGGUGCAGGACCUGGCGGUGGCGUCCCCGGCCACAGUGUCUCGUUGUGGGAUGGUGUACCUAGAGCCUAGCAUCCUGGGCCUCAUGCCCUUCACUGAGUGCUGGCUGAGGACGGUCCCCGAACCCCUGAGGCCCUACACAGACCAGCUCAAUUCCCUCUUCAUCAGGUUUCUCCAGGAUUCCAUCACGUUUGUAAGGAAGUCUGUGAAAGAGGUAAUCUUCUCCAUGGACAGCAACCUCACAUGCAGUCUGCUCAAACUGCUGGACUGUUUCUUCCAACCCUUCAUCCAUCGAGAGGGGGAGAGGCCUCUUCUGCAGGAGAAGCUUGACCGGUUAAAGGAGCUGAUUGAGCCCUGGUUCAUCUUCUCUCUGGUGUGGAGUGUGGGAGCCACAGGGGACGCCCCCAGCUGCCAGCGCUUCAGUGCUUGGCUCAGGGCCAAGAUGGCAGAGGAGAAGGUUGAGUUGUGUUUUCCAGAGGAAGGCCUGGUGUAUGACUACCAGCUUGAUGAUGCAGGAAUCAGCAACAUGGGAGACGAAGAGGAGGAGGACAGAGGGAGGAAGGUGCACUGGGUCAGUUGGAUGAAAUCUGCCCAGAAUGUGGUCAUCACGCCAGAGACCAGCUACUCUGACAUCAUCGUACCCACACCAGACACAGUCCGCAUUUCCUUCCUGAUGGAUAUGCUGCUGUCUAACAAGAAGCCUGUGCUGUGCAUUGGACCGACCGGCACAGGAAAGACCCUGACCAUGUCUGACAAGCUGCUGAAGAACAUGCCUGCUGAGUACAUUACACACUUCCUUAUGUUCUCUGCUCGCACUUCAGCCAACCAGACACAGGAUUAUAUUGAUAGCAAACUGGACAAGAGGCGUAAGGGUGUGUUUGGGCCUCCCCUGGGGAAGUAUUUUAUCUUCUUCAUUGAUGACCUGAACAUGCCCAUUCUGGAGACCUAUGGGGCCCAGCCCCCCAUUGAGCUUCUCCGCCAGUGGAUGGACCAUGGAGGCUGGUAUGACAGGAAGCAGAUAGGCACUUUUAAACACCUGGUAGACAUCAACUUUGCGUGCGCUAUGGGACCCCCAGGAGGGGGCAGGAACCCCAUAACCCAGCGUUUCACACGCCAUUUUAACUUCCUCUCCUUCACUGAGAUGGAGGAUGCCAGCAAGAAGAAGAUCUUCUCUACUAUCCUGGGCAACUGGAUGGGUGAGACGGCCUUACUGCCGAAAAUGUAUCCAACUGAUGUUCAUUUUGAUGAAGGGUUGAGGGUGGCUAGGUAUGGUUAUUCUAAACUAUUAAAUUGUUACUGGUCUUUUACUCACACAAAAAGUAAAGUUCUCCAUAUGUCUUUGCUAAUUUUAUAUCCAACCCGUCUCCCUUACCCCUCUUUUCCCUCAGGACCUGUUCCAGAGAUCCAGCCUCUGAACGGGCCUCUGGUGGACGCCACUAUCCGUGUCUACGCCACCAUCACUUCCCAGCUCCUUCCCACACCAGCCAAAUCCCACUACACAUUCAAUCUUAGGGACCUUUCCAAGGUCUUCCAGGGCAUCCUGAUGGCAGAGGCUACCAAGAUAGAGGACAAGAUGCACUUGCUGCAGUUGUGGUACCAUGAAAGCUGCCGGGUGUUCCAGGACCGGCUGGUGAGUGCUGAGGACCGUGACUGGUUUGAUAAGCUCCUACAGGCCCGCAUUGAGGAGUUUGGCUGCAGCUUUGAGGAUGCUGUGCCCUGCCAGCCGGUCCUGUUUGGAGACUUCAUGAUCCCCGGAGCUGACAACAAAGCCUACCAGCUCAUUGAGGACAGGGAGAAGCUGGCCAGAGUCAUGGAGGAGUACAUGGAUGACUACAACCAGAUCAGCACCACCAAGAUGAAGCUGGUGCUCUUCAUGGAUGCCAUCCAGCAUGUGUGCCGCAUCAGCCGCAUCCUGCGCCAGCCCCUGGGAAACGCCCUCCUCCUGGGGGUCGGGGGCAGCGGGCGCCAGUCACUCACCAAGCUGGCCACGCACAUGUCAGACUAUGAGUGUUUCCAGAUUGAGCUCGCUAAGAACUACGGCCACACAGAGUGGAGGGAAGACCUCAAGAGCAUCAUGCUGAAGGCUGGCCUGCAGAAUGUACAGAUCACCUUUCUGUUUGUAGACACACAGAUCAAGAGCGAGUCGUUCUUGGAGGAUGUGAAUAACAUCCUGAACUCUGGUGACGUGCCCAACCUCUAUGCGGUGGACGAGCAGGAGCGCAUCCUGACCGCUAUGAAGCCUGUGGUGCAGGACCUAGGCCAGCAGCCCACCAAAGCCAACCUCAUGACUGCCUACAUAAAAAGAGUCCGCAGUAACAUCCACACCGUGCUCUGCAUGAGUCCUAUAGGGGAGGUGUUCCGUGCGCGGCUCAGACAGUUCCCGUCUCUGGUGACCUGCUGCACUAUAGACUGGUUCAGUGCCUGGCCAGAGGAGGCCCUCCAGUCUGUGGCUGCCUCUUUCCUCUACGAGCUGCCAGAGCUGGAAGCCAGCCCCACCGCAAUGAAAGGCCUGAUUAUGAUGUGUGUGGAGAUCCACCAGAUGGUAGCCAGGAAAUGUGCGCAGUACCUGGCUGAGCUGUCCAGAUAUAACUAUGUCACGCCCAAGAGCUAUCUGGAGCUACUCGCAAUCUUCUCCUCUCUCAUCGGCCGCAAGAAACAGGAGCUGCACAGUGCCCGGCAGCGCAUGAAGACUGGCCUGGACAAGCUAUUGAGGACAGCAGAGGAUGUGAGUAAGAUGCAGGAGGAGCUGGAGAUGAUGAGGCCUCUGCUGGAGGAAGCUGCCAAGGACACAGUGAUCACCAUGGAGAAGAUCAAGGUAGACACUGUGGUUGCAGAGGAGACCCGUACGGCGGUGCAGGCAGAGGAAGCCAAAGCCUCACAGAAAGCAUGUGUGGCCGGUGCCAUCGCUGAAGACGCCCAGAAAGACCUGGAUGAAGCGCUGCCAGCUCUAGACGCCGCCCUCACCAGCCUCAAGUCUCUCAACAAGAACGACGUUGUUGAGGUGAGGGCCAUGCAGCGCCCGCCCCAUGGGGUGAAACUGGUGAUAGAGGCUGUUUGCAUCAUGAGGUCCAUCAAGCCUAAGAAGGUGGCCGGAGAGAAGCCAGGCACCAAGGUGGACGACUACUGGGAGCCUGGCAAGAGCCUUCUGCAGGACCCUGGGAAGUUCCUAGAGGGCCUCUUCAAAUUUGACAAAGAAAAUAUCCCAGACUCCGUGAUCAAAUUAGUACAACCCUACAUUGAUAAUGAAGAGUUCCAGCCAGCCAACAUUGCCAAGGUGUCCAAGGCCUGCACCUCCAUCUGCCAGUGGGUGCGAGCCAUGCACGUGUACCACUUUGUGGCCAAGGGUGUGGAGCCUAAAAGAAAAGCUCUGCAGGAGGCCCAGGAGGACCUGGCUGUGACCCAGCUCAUCCUGGACGAUGCCAAUGAGAAGCUGGCACAGGUGGAAGAGGGCAUCGCAACGCUGCAGGCCAAGUACCAUGACUGUCUGGCCAAGAGAGACGAGCUGGACAACAAGUGCCAGCUGUGUGAGAACCGCCUGGUCCGCGCAGACAAGCUGAUUGGAGGGCUAGCGGAUGAGAAGGUGCGUUGGAGGGAGACCGUGCAGCACCUGGAGUACAUGGUUAAUAACGUGUCAGGAGACGUGCUGCUAGCAGCAGGAUAUGUGGCCUACCUGGGACCCUUUACUGGAGAGUACCGGUCCUCCAUGGCAGAUGAGUGGCUGCGUGGCUUUAAAGAGCAGGGGGUGCCCCACACAGAGGAGCCCAACCUCAUCAGCACUCUAGGGGACAAGGUCAAGAUCCGCUCCUGGCAGAUCACAGGGCUGCCUAAGGAUACCCUGUCGGUGGAAAAUGGUGUGAUAACACAGUACUCUCAGCGCUGGGCUCUUUUCAUUGACCCACAGGGACAGGCCAACAAGUGGGUCAAAAACAUGGAGCGUGACAAUGGAUUGGACGUGAUGAAGCUGAGUGACCGGGACUUCCUGCGUAGUCUGGAAAAUGCCAUUCGCUUCGGGAAGCCUUGCUUACUGGAGAACAUCGGAGAGGAACUAGACCCUGCUCUAGAACCCGUCCUACUGCGACAGACGUUCAAGCAGCAGGGCAGCACAGUUCUGAAGCUGGGAGACGCUGUCAUUCCCUACCACGAUGACUUCAAAAUGUACAUCACCACCAAGCUACCCAACCCACAUUACUCACCUGAGAUCUCCACAAAGGUUACCCUCAUCAACUUCACCCUGUCCCCCAUGUGUCUGGAGGACCAGCUGCUGGGUCGGGUGGUGGCUGAAGAGAGGCCUGACCUGGAGGAGGCUAAGAACCAGCUGAUAGUGAGUAACGCUCGUAUGAAGCAGGAGCUGAAGGAGAUAGAAGACCAGAUCCUUUUCCGCCUCAGCUCCUCAGAGGGAAACCCUGUGGACGAUGAGGAACUCAUACGGGUGCUGGGAGCCUCCAAGAUCAAGGCCGGAGAGAUCCAGGCCAAAGUGAUGGUGGCUGAGGAGACAGAGCGGGACAUUGAUGCCACUCGUCUGGAGUAUGUCCCUGUGGCUGUGCGUACUCAGAUCCUCUUCUUCUGCGUAUCGGACCUUUCCAACGUGGACCCCAUGUACCAGUACUCCCUGGAGUGGUUUUUGAGCAUCUUCAUGUCGGGCAUUGCCAACUCCGAGAGGGCAGACACGGUGGAACAGAGGAUCAUCAGCAUCAAUGAGUUCUUCACCUUCAGCCUGUACAGCAACGUGUGCCGCUCUCUGUUUGAGAAGCACAAGCUCAUGUUUGCCUUCCUGCUGUGCGCUCGCAUCAUGAUGAAUGAGAACAAGAUCGAUAUGUCCGAGUGGCGGUACCUGCUGGCGGGGGGCAUGCCCCAGCAGCAGCUGUCCAACCCUGCAGUGAGGUGGCUGUCUGAGCGUGCCUGGCAGGACAUCUUGGGCCUCAGCGCUUUGCCCACCUUCAACAGCCUGGCAGACAGCUUCCCCAAACACAUGAAGGCCUUCAAGAGGAUAUUUGACAGCAGCGAGCCAAACAGGGAGCCAGUCCCAGGGGAAUGGAAUACCCAACUGGACUCUUUCCAGAAGCUGUUGAUAUUGCGCUGCCUGAGAGCUGACCGCAUGACUCACGGCCUGCAGGACUUUGUUGCUGCUCAUCUGGGCCAGCGCUUUAUAGAGCCACAGGCAUCAGAUCUGUCUGUUGUAUUUAAGGAGUCGUCCCCCUCCACGCCGCUCAUCUUUGUCCUAUCUCCCGGAACCGACCCUGCCGCUGACCUCUACAAGUUUGCUGAUGUCAUGAAGUUCUCCAAGAAGAUGAGUGCCAUCUCCCUGGGCCAGGGGCAGGGUCCCUGGGCUGAGGCAAUGAUGCACAGUGCCAUGGAGAGGGGCAAGUGGGUCUUCUUCCAGAAUUGUCACCUGGCACCCAGCUGGAUGCCCUCCAUGGAGAGACUCAUUGAGAACAUUGACCCAGAUAAGGUACACCGGGAUUUCCGUCUGUGGCUCACCAGCCUGCCCAGCAACAAGUUCCCCGUGUCUAUUCUGCAGAAUGGCUCUAAGAUGACCAUCGAGCCUCCCAGAGGCAUCAAGGCCAACCUGUUGAAGACCUACCUAAGCCUGAAUGAUGACUUCAUCACUACCUGCACCAGGGCUGCAGAGCUUAAGUCCCUGCUCCUGUCUCUGUGUCUGUUCCACGGUAAUGCCAUUGAGCGCAGAAAGUUCGGCCCACUGGGGUUCAACAUCCCAUAUGAGUUCACUGACGGUGACCUCCGCAUCUGUAUCAGCCAGCUCAAGAUGUUCCUGGAUGAGUACCAGGACAUUCCCUACAAGGUUCUGAAGUACACUGCGGGGGAGAUCAACUAUGGUGGUCGUGUGACCGAUGACUGGGACCGCCGCUGCAUCCUCAACGUGUUGGAGGACUUCUACUGUCCUGCUGUGCUCGGUGCCGACUACGCCUACUCCGCCUCCGGAGUCUACAGGCAGAUCGACACUGAGCUCGACAUCAAGGGCUACCUGGCGUACAUCCGUGGCCUGCCCAUCAAUGACACACCUGAGAUCUUUGGUCUCCAUGACAAUGCUAACAUCAGCUUUGCCCAGAACGAGGCGUUUGCCCUGCUGGGAGCCGUGGUGCAGCUCCAGCCUAAAGCAGCAGCCAGCGGGGGCAAGGCCAGAGAAGAGAUCGUAGAGGAGAUAGUGGCAGGCAUUGUUGAGAAGGUCCCCCAGCCUAUCAGUGUUCAGGAGGUGAUGACUAAGUACCCAGUCCAGUAUGAGGAGUCCAUGAACACAGUCCUGAUCCAGGAGGUCAUCAGGUAUAACCGGUUGUUAGUGGUCAUAUCUCAGAGCCUCAGUGAUAUUGUGAAGGCUCUGAAGGGCUUAGUGGUGAUGUCAUCAGAACUGGAGCUUAUGGCCAACAGCCUAUUCAUCAACAAAGUCCCUGACAUGUGGCAGGCCAAGGCCUACCCCUCUUUGAAACCCCUGGCCUCCUGGGUGUCUGACCUGCUCCAGAGGAUCAAGUUCUUACAUGGCUGGAUCUCUGACGGUGUCCCACCUGUUUUCUGGAUCAGUGGCUUCUUCUUCCCCCAGGCUUUCCUCACAGGAACACUGCAGAACUUUGCCCGCCGCUCUGUGGUCUCCAUAGAUACCAUUGGCUUUGACUUCAGGGUGAUGAGGGAGUCUGCCUCUGCGCUGAAGGAGAGGCCUGAGAUGGGUUGCUACAUCCACGGCUUGUUCCUGGAGGGGGCGCGCUGGGACGCCAAGGUAGGCCUGCUCACUGAGUCCCGGCCCAAAGAGCUCUACACUGAGAUGGCUGUCAUCUGGAUGGUUCCUGAGCCCAACCGCAAACCACCCACUUCAGGAGUUUACAUCUGCCCCAUCUACAAGACCCUCACACGUGCCGGAACUCUGUCUACGACAGGUCACUCUACUAACUACGUGAUCGCUGUGGAGCUGCCCACACACACCACCCAGAGAUACUGGAUCAAACAGGGAGUGGCCCUCAUCUGUGCACUGGACUACUAAACACAAUCAAAACACACACACACACAGUUUCCCUUUCGCUUACUACAUACACAACAAAAACAUAAAAAUCAAACAAACUGGACUUUCCUGGCAGGAUGCACAUUUUUACUGAGGGGGAAUGUUUGUAUGUUUCUACAGUGCCUUCAGAAAGUAUUCAUACCCCUUGACUUAUUCCACAUUUUGUUGUGUUACUGCCUGAAUUCAAAAUUUAUUAAAUUGACAUUUUGUCUCACCCAUCUACACACAAUACCC